AACCGGUAGUUAUUAAUGCAAAAUUGUAAAUAAAAAAUUCGAACCUGUUAAAUCCAAAUCUCAAGUGCACCAUAUCCAAAUGAAUUGUUCCUGUUCCGCUCGCGACUGUCCCCAUGUUCAGUAUAUCCGACGACUGCUGGAGGGCACCGAGUUAGAUCAGCAUGAUACGGAAGAAGCUAUCGCCCCUACCGGAUGGAAGUAUUAUUUACCUCAUGCUAAGAAGGUUGCCUCCUACGUCGUUAUGGUUCUGCAAAUCGCCUUCUAUUUCUGGUUCUCCAUGACCAAGGCCGCUCUGCAAAUGUGGCUGGCUGUACUUAACUCUAAUAGCUUCUUCUGGUUGGGAUUUCUAGCCUUUACUAGUGCUCUGAUCUGUUCGCUACCGCAAGUUCACACACGAUGACUGUAAUUGGUCCGCUUUACGCGCGGAAGAUAAAACUACAGUCGCACAGAAUAGGACAAGUCUGGCGUUGAUGGAAAUUCGACAACAAUUACUACUGCUUCCGUUUUAAAUAAACAUCCGAAACACUUCGAUCUAUGAACUGUAUUGAACAUUUGAAAAAUCUUGCUCAUCCGGUUUACUGAAUCUUUGAAUAUACAUCGAUCGAACAAAA